UAUGCUGUUCCGUGCACGGUUCUCACCAACGGUCACCCGCACACCGACACCUGCACCUGCAAGCCCUGUGGUGCAUUCGCGGGCUGAAGAGCUGCCUACGAACGAAGGCCCUUCUACGAAUGAAGCCCCAUCACCUGUAACCUACCGAAAUUCGAUAAGAACCAGCAUGUCCGUGCCAGUCAACGCAUCGGAGGACGGCUUGGGAAACACAGAGGCCUCGGAGCUGCCUCCACGAUACGACGUCGCCCGAACCCCAGACCAUCCCGUCACCUACACUUUCUCUCGCCUGAGCGUCAGCAGCAGCUCCAUGCUCCUCCUCCCACCCUCAGACUCUGCGGACCAGCAGCCGCUAUACCACAUUGCCGUCGGGUUUGACCCAUUUAACCCCGGUAGCAUCAUAACGUCCGUCCGGAGAGGCGGGACGGAGGACGGGGCGUACGUUGGAGGGAUCAGAACCACGAGCGGGCCAGCAACUUUUCGGUUUGAGGCCAAUGCUGUUUCGAUUCGGAAGCAUGAGUACCCACUCUUUCGGAUCUUUUCCAAGUUCUCCGUCUCGAAAGGAGUGUAUCUCUUCACUUGGGACUCGGGAGGGAAACGCGAGAUGAUGUGGUCUUGUCCCGGUUUUCCAUCAUCUGGAACGUAUUCGUGCCGGCAUCGCCACGAUUCAAGCAUAUUAUACGCCGAAUUCACACCCGCCCGUCAAUAUAUCCGACCGAGUAGAUCACAACCUAAAUCCAAGCUAACGAUGAUGCCGCUAGGCCACGCCCUUUUCGACGACAUACUUAUAUCUGUACUAUUGCUGGAACGACAUCGCUUAACGGAGGCUUG